UCUGUGCUGGACGGGUUGCCACUUACACUUUACAGACGAAACAUGUGAAAGUGCAUUAAAAGUGUGGAAAGAACUAAGUAACACGUCUGUAAGAGUGUCUAGAAGUAGAGAUGUUUAAAGUAGUGCUCUGCACAUUUAUACAGUAACUAAACCAUCAGGCUCUUCAUUUUCCUAUAGAACCUGUGCAUCCAUAGCGCAAUACAUCACAGAGAGAUUAUGUGGCAACCCAUUUCCUCACAGAAGAAGUUAAAGUAAGAUGUGGACGAUUCUUAAUGCGAUUCUGUUUGUGUAAUAUUUCUAUAAAGAAAUAUUACAUAUACAGAAUGACAAACCUCAGUGCUGGUUAAUGGAUUACAGACAUGGUGUGAAGAAAUGGCUCCUUUUGCUGCUGCUCAGCGUCCAAGCAGCGUCCCACUCCCUCCAAUACAUCAUCACUGAAACCACGUCAAGAAUACAUUUCCCAGAGUACACUGUGGUUGGUCUGGUGGACGGGGUGCAGUUUGUGUACUAUGACAGCAACAUCAAGAAGAUGAUUCCAAAGACGGAGUGGAUGAAGAAGAAUGUGGGUGAAGAUUACUGGACCACAGAGACACAGAAGCAGGAAGGAGCUCAAGAGAUCUUCAAGGCUAAUCUGGAUAUUUUAAUGAAGCGGUUUAAUCAGACAGACGGUGUUCACACGUUACAGAGGAGGUCUGGCUGUGAGACGGGUGAAAAUGGCACUGUUACAGGAUACUUUCAGUUUGGUUUUGAUGGAGAAGACUGGAUCAGCCUGGAUAUGAACUCUUUAACGUGGACUGCAGCUCAUCAGAAAGCUUUUAGUACCAAACAGAAGUGGGAGCAUACACGUGAUACAGUUUACAGGAAGCGCUAUCUGGACAAUGACUGUGUUGACUAUUUAAAGAAGUAUGUGGAAUACGGCAGAUCCACUCUGGAGAGGAAAGUCUCUCCUGAGGCAUCUAUGUUCCAGAAGGAUUCUUCUUCUCCAGUGGUGUGUCAUGCUACAGGUUUCUUCCCCAAAGCAGUGAUGAUCUCCUGGCAGAAGAAUGGAGAGGAUCUGCAUGAGGACGUGGAGCUCAGAGAGACACUUCCCAACCAGGAUGGAACCUUCCAGAGGAGGAGCGUUCUGACUGUCUCACCUGAGGAGCUGAACAAACACAACUACACCUGCAUCAUUCAGCACAGCAGCCUGGAGAAGGAGGUGGUGCUGCAUGUGUCUGAACGCAGAGUCCUGAAAGAUGAAGGAUCAGUUAUCAUCAUCUUUAGCACAGUGGUGGCUGCUCUUCUCAUUGUCAUCAUUGUCUGUGUUGGACUUCUCAUUUGUAAGAAGAAGAAGCAGAAUAAGUCUGGUAAGAAAGGAAGGACGCAGAAAUCCAGCUUGGGAACCCCUACGCCCUUUCUGAGGGAGCCUCGUCAUCCAUCAGCUCCUGACGACCAAAGGUCUACAUGUUGAUUACAGAGAGUCUUUCUUACACCAUAUGAAGCUGUUUCACUGCUGCAUAUCAAGUCCUUUCAAUGUAUGCGGCAACUCAGUCGAGUGUCUUCAUGGUCACAGUAUUAUUUUUUUUAUUGUACAUUCGUCAAAUCUGUACUUUCAGACUUUUUUGUGGAAAACUUUUGUGGAGAGUUUGUAUGGUGAUGGUUUCUUGAGAAAGGCUGUUCCUGCCCUUACAGCUGCGUCUUGAAACGCUGUUCCUGUCACAUUCCUUUAAUACCCUUUAAAGACGGGGCCAGAACACAGCUGUUGUUUUUUAGGUAAUAGAUUCAUGGAUAGUGUGCUGAGUCUUCACUAGAGGAGUUUUAGCAACUUGGCUGCUCAGGAGGAAUUAAAAAAACUCCAAAGUGUCUGUCCAUCAUGAAGUUUUUGAGUAACAAAAAAAACUAUGGAAUCUACUGGGUUUAGUUGGCAUUCAGACAAUCUGUAGUUUAAUCAGAUGUAGGCACACAUCUAAAAUGGCUUAAAUUAUCCAAUUCUUCAAGUAGGAGUGGCGAUAUGAACUCAAAUUCAUAUCAUAGUACUUUAUUUUAUUCAGACUAUAACAGUAUGAUAUUACAAUAUAGAAAAAAGUGAAAACAUAAUAGCAACAGUAAUAAUAACAGUAACAAAAUAUUGCAAAAAUAAUAACUAUUAUUAUUGUUACAGCUAGUACUAUUGUUGGUAUGAUGCCAUUAUUAUUAUUAUUAUUAUUAUUAUUAUUAUACUGGCAACUAAAAGUAUUCUUCAUUGCGUAAAUACUUGCUUCUUCAGAAUGGAAGCAGGUUUUAGUCUCUCCUGCAGCCUCUCCUCAUGUUUGUUUUUACCUCUUCACUCAUUCUCAAUCCCAUUUUGCACCUUGAAUUUGGAGUCUAGAAUAAUAUUUUACAGCUUGCUGCAUCUAACAAAGCUCACUAUUCCAGGCUUCAGCAGCACAAAUGCGGCAUGUGUGAGGUAGUUGUAAACCAAGCAGGAAAAUGCCAUAUCUGUGUGAACGGUCAUCAGGCGAGGGCUGUAGCAGAAACAGCGCAUAACAAUACAACAUGUUUAUUAAAAUAGUAGUGUAGUUACAAAUUAGUCCAAACCUAGACGUCCCACACCACUGUAUAAUUUCUACCUGCACUACUCUUUAGUCUUAACUAGUCUGGCACAAAUUCUAUCCUAACGUCUUUACAGGCUUUAGCCACAUUGACUGCUCCUCACAACUACAACACUGUUACAGCGCUCAGUGAUAUGUUUGGUGAGUGUUUGUCGUGUUCUGAUCAUAAAGGAUAGUUUAAAACCACAAGUAACCACCCAGGAGCAAAAAUCAGCCUUCAAACUUGAAAGGAGUAAUGAUUCGACACUGUGAGUUUGACUGAUAUGAACAUUUUUAUCAGGAUAACAUUUCUGGCCAUAUUGCCCAGCUGUAGCUGGAGCCUAUCCCAGCGGUCAUGAGGCAGAAGAUAGGAAACACCCUGGACAGGCCGCCAGUCCAUCAAAGGCCAGACAGACAGACAUAUGCACUCACACACACACUAACACUUAGCGGCAAUAUAGCGUGUCCAAUUGGCCUGACUGCAUGUCUUCGGACUGUGAGGGGAAACCGGAGCACACAAAAUGUGGCCUGAACAAAAGUAACACAUUAUAUAUUAUAUAUUUUUUUCAAAUGUGUCAAAUUCCGCAAAUAAAUGUAGCUGUG